AUGCCCCCGGAAUUGACGGACAGGAUCGUCGACUUUUUGCACGACGAUCACACCGCGCUAAAGAGCUGCGGCCUGGCAUGUCGUUCCUGGCUUGCGGCCGUACGAUACCACCUCUACUACGCUAUCAGCCUCGAGAACAUAGGCCUAUGCCGCGCAUUCUCGAGCUUGCUGGACCGCACUCCCGGCCUUGGACAGUAUGUGCGGGAGAUGCACCUGGCGAUGACGGAGGAACUACAGUACAGCGAUAUACUGCCCAGUAUCGUGGUCCACCUGGGCCGCGUGAGGAGGCUUGUCCUGAGUGGAGAUAUCCUGGUGGUCGACCAAGCCACAUUCCAGCGCUUUGGACCCGUACAGGAACUCGCGCUCAGCUUGUCUUCCUGUAGGAUCAGCGACGUUGCCGAUCUCUUCCUCGCUUUUCCCGGCAUCAGCGACUUGUCCAUCAAAAACACGAGGUACCUUUAUGGUCCCUUCGACCAUGUACCGAUGCUCCCCGUCAAACGCCUGGAAGUGCAGCCAGCUCUCAAUCCCGGACUACUACCUCCGUCAUCACCGAUGUUGGAGUCCUUGGUUUUGUGCAUCAGGCGGGUGCAAGACCUAGUGACACUCAGCCACAUUCUUCGCACGGCUACGGGACAGCUGAAGCAGCUGGAUCUGCAGAUGCAUAUCACUGUGGCAGAACACCAGGAGACAACUCUAUUCUUGGACAGCCUGCGACGCUGUCCGCAGUCUCUUACUGCCAUGCGACUUUAUACCAAGUCCGUGCAAUGCCUGGCGGGCAUCCUGGACCACGUCGAUCCGACGUACUUGCAGGAUGUCACCAUAGAGGUUACUGUCGGGAGCAUCUUCUCCUACGAGACCGUGGUGAAGCGUUGGCCCAUUAUUCUGACCAGCAUUAUCGACAACAUCUAUCGAAUCAACCAUGGUCUCAGCGUGGCCCAAUUAGGUGAUUCUGCAAAUGACAAUGCUACGAUAGUGCAAGAGCAGAUAGAAGAGGGGAAAAACCUUAUUGAGAAGAUCGGCAAGCUAAAGUAUGAGAUGGGCAGAGACCGCCCCCUCGAGCCCGUAGCGAAUGACGGGGAGUCGAUGGUGGAUCUCUACAAUGCUGAGCUAGCGAGCUUGACAGAAGAAGGCAAGGGGACAUGGUUUACUGCUCCUUGGCUUUUCGCAGAGUGCUAUUUGUAUCGUUUGCUACGCUCCUACUUUUCGCAGACGACAUACUGGGCUUCGCACGACCCAUUUCAAGCUCAGAAGCAGGAGACCUUCCGGAAGAGCUCUCAAGCCAUCUUUCAACUGGCCACCACGAUGCAUCAGCUUGAAGGCGAGAAGGAGAAAUUGGCUUCCGACCCACAGAACCUGAAUGUAAUCUUCAAGGAGAUGAUUCAGAUGUGUCUCUGGGGUAACGCCACGGAUUUGUCGCUACUCACACAUAUGAGCCAUGAAGACAUUGAACAUUUACAAUCGGUCGGAAAGGAUGCGCAAGCCGCGAGGAAGGAAUACAUACUCACAGAUGACCAAGACAAAGUAUGGUCACACCUCAUGACCCUGAAGGAUGGGAGAAUAGACUUCGUGCUCGACAAUGCCGGAUUCGAGCUCUUCACAGACCUCGUCUUUGCCGACUUCCUCGUGACGUACACACCUUUUGUGUCGAAGGUGGUCUUCCACCCCAAGCUGAUCCCCUGGUUCGUGUCGGAUGUCACGCCGCCCGACUUCAAGUCUACGAUUUCUUCGCUCCUGUCGCCGACGUUCUUCCCUGGCUCGGAGCCAGAAACACAAACAUCUUCUCUCGCCGCAUCCGCCCUUGCGCAGAACCCCACUACCGUGUCUACGCCGAAAGAGCUCCCGGAGUCUCGUCAGCAUCUCAAAGACAUGGUGACACGGUGGGCAGGUUAUUUAGAGAGCGGCGUCUUCGCGCUCUCGGUGUCGCCGGAUACACCGCUCGGUGCUUCAAAUCCAAAGGCAGACUUCUGGACAUCUCCGUACCCGUACUGGAACAUGAAAGACCUCGCACCGGGGGUGUUCGAUACUCUGAAAGACAGUGGAUUGGUCAUAUUCAAGGGCGAUCUCAACUUCCGGAAAUUGACAGGAGACGUCAAGUGGCCUGCCGACACGCCGUUCGAGACAGCAGUCGGCCCUAUCCGGGGUGCAUUCCCGGUCUUAAGCCUACGGACGAACAAAGCGGAUGUAGUAGUUGGUGUCGAGAAGGAGACCGCGGAGAGGCUGGAUCAGAGCGGUGAGAAGUGGAGGGUGAACGGAAAGUACGCGCUGGUGUUAUUCUUGCCACGGGCCUGA